AUGGAACGGCUGUGGUUCUCUUUGCUGUUGCUGGCAGCAGCAUGCAGGGGACAGCCGUGUCCGAAACGCUGUAUGUGCCAGAGCCUUUCUCCAUCGCUCGCUAUCCUCUGCUCCAAGACAGGCUUGCUGUUUGUUCCCGCUGCCAUUGAUCGACGCACAGUGGAGCUGAGGCUUCAAGAGAACUUCAUCACAGCUGUUCGAAGAAAGGACUUUGCCAACAUGACCAGCCUGUUACAUCUGACCCUGUCCAGAAACACCAUCAGUCAGAUCCUUCCGUCCGCUUUCAGUGACCUGCGGCGACUGAGAGCACUCCAUCUGGACUCUAAUAGAUUAACUGUGAUCAAGGAUGACCAUUUCAAAGGUCUGACCAACCUUCGCCAUCUGAUCCUGGCCAAUAACCAGCUUCACUCAAUAUCUCCCCACGCCUUUGAUGACUUCUUGUCCACACUGGAGGAUCUAGACCUCAGUUAUAACAACCUUGCCCAGGUGCCCUGGGACACAAUUGGGCGUCUAACCAAUGUCAACACCCUGAACAUGGAUCAUAACCUCAUAGAAAAUGUUCCACAGGGAGUAUUCACUAACCUGCACAAACUGGCCAGGCUAGACAUGACGUCCAACAAGCUGAAGAAAAUUCCCCCAGAUCCAUUGUUCCUGAGAAUCCCAGUUUACGCCAAGUCUAAAGGCUCGCCCCUCUCAUCGCUUGUGUUGAGUUUUGGCGGUAACCCUCUUCACUGUAACUGUGAACUUCUAUGGUUGAGGAGAUUAACCAGAGAAGACGACCUCGAGACAUGCGCCUCUCCGCCUGACCUUAGUGCCAAGUACUUCUGGACAAUACCUGAAGAGGAGUUUAUUUGUGACCCACCCGUUCUGACCCGGAAGUCACCCCAUACCGUGGCUAUGGAAGGACAACCUGCCAGUCUAAAGUGUAAAGCGAAUGGUGACCCGGAGCCUGAAGUCCACUGGAUCAGCCCUGAGGGGCGACUUAUAUCUAAUGGCUCCAGAACUUUAGUUUUCCCCAAUGGCAGCCUGGAGAUCAACGUAACAUCCCUGAAGGACUCAGGAAACUUCACCUGCAUCGCCUCCAACGCAGCAGGUGAAUCCACGGGAAGGGUGGAGUUAGUCGUCACGGCGAUGCCCCAUCUGGCAAACAGCACCAGCCGCAGCCGAGAUCCUUCGUCCGAACCUGCCCCCUCUGACAUCCUGACCUCCUCAAAGGUCGCACUGCCUAACAACGAGACAAGGACGGCAGACAGGAGGGUCUCAUUGGUGGAGCUGACGGGGAACUCUGCCCUCAUUAGAUGGAGCAGUCAAGCUCCUACAUCGGGAGUCAGGAUGUUCCAAGUCCAAUACAACAGCUCUGGGGAUGACACACUGGUUUACAGAUUAGCGCCAUCCAGUCGUAAAAGUCUAAUCAACUGA